GCUGCUGGAAAGAACAGGAAGAAACCCUGGGAUUUCUGAUGCCAAAUCUUAUUUUUGUUCGUUUAAGUUUGCCGAAGUGAUCUGCUGCCGCGGAGGGAGAGAGAGAGGGAGAGAGAGAGAGGGAGAGAUCGAAAGCUGAUCCUUUGCUUUUUGCGUUGCUUCGCUCGCCCACGACCAGCCUCAACCCAAGGAAAAGCCGCAACCAUCUGGAGCCGGGGAUCAUGCCUCACACCCGAGGACUCUGUGUGCCAGCUCUCGGCGUGCAGCUCAUCUCACUGGCACUCUGGGCUAUCGGCAUCUGUCAAGCAGGAAGUGACUACAGCGAUGUGUUGCCUGAGUCAUUCCCAUCAACCCCUGCUGAACCACUGCCUCGAUUCCUGGUGGAGCCAUCGGAUGCCUACAUUGUGAAAAACAAGCCUGUGGUGAUGACUUGUACAGCCACGCCAGCUACGCAGAUCUAUUUCAAGUGCAAUGGGGACUGGGUGCACCAAAAGGAUCAUGUGACUGAAGAGAAUGUGGACACGGUCACAGGACUAGUGGUUCGAGAAGUUCAUAUCGAGGUCUCACGUCAGCAAGUGGAGGAACUGUUUGGUUUGGAAGACUACUGGUGCCAAUGUGUAGCCUGGAGUGCCUCAGGCACAACAAAGAGCAGGAGAGCCUAUGUUCGCAUUGCUUACUUGAGGAAGAAUUUUGAACAGGAACCACUUGGAACAGACGUCUCUCUGGAGCACGAGGUGCUGCUGCAAUGCCGCCCACCAGAGGGGAUCCCACCUGCAGAGGUGGAAUGGCUGAAGAAUGAAGAUGUUAUCAACCCAGUUCAAGACUCCAACUUCCUCAUCACCAUUGACCAUAACCUGAUCAUCAAACAAGCUCGUCUGUCAGACACAGCGAACUACACGUGUGUGGCUAAGAAUAUUGUUGCCAAGCGGAGGAGUACCACUGCCACAGUGCUUGUAUACGUAAAUGGUGGAUGGUCCACCUGGACAGAAUGGACUACAUGUAGCAAUCGCUGUGGCCGAGGCUGGCAGAAGCGUACGAGAACAUGUACCAACCCAGCCCCACUCAAUAGCGGGGCCUUCUGUGACGGACAAACUUCCCAGAGGAUUUCCUGCAGCACUAUGUGCCCAGUUGAUGGUGGCUGGACAGAGUGGAGCAAAUGGUCGGCUUGCAGCACAGAGUGCACCCACUGGAGAAGCCGCAAGUGCGCGGCGCCGUCCCCCAGAAACGGAGGCAGAGACUGCUCCGGUCUAGUGCUGGUGUCCAAAAACUGCACAGAUGGGCUCUGUAUGCAGAAUGAAAGGCUUUUAAAUGAACCAACGAGUACUACUAUAGAGGCAACUGCCGACGUGGCUCUGUACGCAGGUCUAGUUGUGGCUGUGUUCAUCUUCGUGAUUAUUUUGCUUGUGGUUGGCAUCAUCGUGUACAAGAGGAGUUGCCGGGACUUCGACACGGACAUCACAGACUCCUCCGCAGCUCUGACUGGAGGUUUUCAGCCUGUGAACUUCAAGACUGCCAGGCAUGAUCAUCCUCAGUUGCUCAACUCCUCUAUGCAACCGGACCUGACAGCCAGCGCUGGCUCUUAUCGAGGACCCAUGUACACCCUUCAGGACACAGCUGACAAGAUACCAAUGACAAACUCUCCACUACUUGACCCACUGCCAAGCCUGAAGAUUAAAGUAUAUAAUUCUUCCACAACCACUGCUGGACUGACAGAUGGAAUAGAUCAUCCUGGGAAGGCACCAUUGGGUACUUACCCAGGGGGAAACAGCAGGGACAAUAAUGUUAUGAACACGAGGAACAAAACACUUAGCUCUCAGCAUCUGAACACUCUGCCAAGGGAGCCCGGUAACAGUGCGAUUGGGACCUUCGGUUGUUUGGGCGGUCGCCUUACGGUGCUCAAUUCAGGUGUCAGCCUAUUGGUGCCUCAGGGGGCAAUUCCUCAGGGCAAGUUCUACGAAAUGUACCUAAUAAUCAACAAGAGAGAGAACACACUGCCUCCAUCUGAUGGCUCACAGAAUGUCCUAAGUCCCAUGGUAACCUGUGGCCCAACAGGGAUGCUGCUGUGUCGACCUGUUGUCCUAAGCAUCCCCCACUGUGCAGAUGCCACUGGAUCGGACUGGACCUUAAAACUCAAGACACAGUCUCACCAAGGGGUUUGGGAGGACGUGGUGACACUUGAUGAGGAUAGAAUAAACAUUCCCUGUUACUGUCAGCUGGAUUCCCAGUCCUGCCACAUCCUUCUGGAUCAACUUGGCACUUACACACUUGUUGGAGAGUCCUUCUCAAGAUCUGCCAUCAAAAGACUCCAACUUGCCAUAUUUGCACCCACCUCAUGUACUUCUCUGGAGUACAGCCUUAAAGUGUACUGUGUGGAUGAUACUCCUGAUGCUUUAAAGGAAGUGCUGGAGCUGGAAAGGAGCCUGGGGGGAUAUUUGCUCGAGGAACCCAAAAGCUUGCUGUUUAAAGACAGUUACCAUAACCUGCGGCUUUCCAUCCAUGAUAUUCCUCACUCACUUUGGAGGAGCAAAUUACUGGCCAAAUAUCAGGAAAUUCCAUUUUACCACAUCUGGAGUGGCAACCAGCGAGGACUGCACUGCACCUUCACCCUGGAGAGGUACACUCUGGCGUCCACAGAACUCUCCUGUAAAAUCUGUGUCAGACAAGUGGAGGGGGAAGGCCAGAUAUUCCAGCUACACACAACUAUUGGAGAGAAUGUUAAAUGUGUCAGUCCAUUUCACACACCAGCUGGCAAUAACAUGGCCACCCAGGUGGGCCCUUAUGCCUUUAAAAUUCCAUACUCCAUUAGGCAGAAGAUCUGCACCAGCCUGGAUGCACCAAACACUAGAGGCAAUGACUGGAGACUCCUAGCACAGAAACUAGGGGUUGACAGAUAUCUCACCUAUUUUGCGACAAAAGUUAGUCCGACUGGAGUCAUCCUGGACUUGUGGGAAGCGCAGCACCAAGAUGAUGGAGACAUAAACUCCCUUGCUAGUGCCCUCGAGGAAAUGGGCAAGAGUGAUGUGAUGGUAGUCAUAGCAACGGAAGAAUGCUGAAAUGUGGAUAACCUUUGCAACACAAUGCUGAAACUCUAGCAUCUAUGGUAACUGUUGUAGGACUGGGUCUCCUGCUCAACACAGCAGCAAGCAGAUUAGGACAUAGCAUUUUAUACAGAGAGCUGCAGAUGUCAAGUACAAUCUAGACAAACUUUUUCUUCUAUCAAAGCUUUGGACAGCUUAUAAAGGUCAACAGUUUCUUAGGAAACGCAUUUAAUUUAUUAUCCAUAUCUUUGGAUGCUUUUUGCUUUAUAUUGAAACUUUGUAUGAAACCCAAGGAAUUGUUUACAUACCUUGUCUAUGUAGACGUUGUUCAGAUAAUAAUGCACAAGUUUUACAGGAGAAGGAGGAGAGGAGGUCCAAGCUGCACACACACACACACCUGUUUACGGACAUAUCGCAGAUGCAGUCAGGCAGUACAGUUGCAAUCCUCGGGGCUACUUGUGGCAUUUUUAUUCUGUUUCAUUUUAUUUCUGUACGACAAAAGAAAUCCUCCUUUCAGACUCGAAGAAAGGUUGACUCAGAGUUAUUUUUUUUGCUUGUAUUACAUCUGUCUGGAAUUCUCCUUUCUAGACCCAUCAUUUCCAAAGCUUUUCUCGCUCAUAUUGUCUGUCUAAAAUGACCAAUUAGCAGGAAGUACUUUGAAACUUCAAUGCAGGUAUUCUGAACUCCCAUAACCCUGAUAAAAUACAUUGCAGUGGUUCCCACCCAUUCUGCACAAUGGUGUAGUCCAGUAUUAAGAUGGUUUAAGACUGAAGACAGUGCAGCAAAGCAAUACCAGUUUAGUGAAAGAAUCUGCUAUGGCCAAGCACAUAUGAAAUGUUCCUGCCCAGCAACACUACAAUGUCCUCACAUAAUACAAAGAUACAAUUUAUAGUCUGACUGAAUACUUGUGAUUUCCCCCCCAGCUCCAGACAGAUAAUUUGGGGUUUGACAAGAAUUAUUAUGGAUGCAGGGAUUUUACUGUUUCAAAUGUUGUGAGAUUUCAGUAACAUUUAUCAUCUCUAACUUGACUUUUGUUACUGAAAUGAAGAGAAAAUGCUGUAAAUCAAUUGGCGUCUGAAGGAGGAAGAUAGCUGAAUGUUUGCAGUGGGAUUCCUCAUCCCUUUUCUGAUUAAGGAUCCUGCACUAGUUUUCUCUUCCAGAUGCUGUAUUGACCCAUUAUCAGUUUCUUCGAUUUUCUACCUUGACUUCAAAUCUGCAGCAUUUUAUCUUGUAUUGCUCGUUACUGUUUAUUUUUAUUUGAACACAAAAUGGAGUAGGGCACUAGGGUUGAUGGGAUGUCAUAGUGGGGAAAUGCACAUGCAUGCCUGUUGAUGGUGAGCAGUGUUUAAUUUGCCUCUGGUUAAGGUUUCACACUUUUUCUCCAGCCAUACCCCCCUUUCCCAAAUUACCGUGUACUACAUCUUUUUUAA